CGCUGGUUUGCGCGUGCGUUGUUAUGGUGAGAGGCUUUCCGUCGAUUUUUUAUUUUGUUGAAAGGCAACGAGAGCGUUAAUGAUCAGAACCAAGUCUUACAAGAAGAGUCCAUCUCAGAGUGCAUCACCAGUUGACGUCGAGAUUGAGAGAAAGAAACGCGACGUUCCUAGUUUUACUACUAAUAGUACUAGUAGUACUACAGAUUCAACAAGAGAGAAACAUCAACAUAAACCGUAUGAAGGUAGAAAGCAGGAGGUUAUUAGUCGUCAUCUGGCGCUAGCAACACGUUCUCCUGCUUCAUCGAUCGCAGCGAAAUACGAAGGCGCCUACACACAAGCGACACAACAUGUACAGAGAUCAUACACACCACACAUACUGGAGUGGAGAGAUGAAAGGAGAGAAGGUAAUAGGAACAUGUUAGCAGGACAACGUGGAAGUAAUGCUAACGAGAUGAGAACGUCUUCAAUGCAAGAAACUGUUGUAUCAGAGACAUCGACACUAGAUGAGGAAAGACGAGAUGACAACCGGCAAGUUGAAGUGUCAUUUAGUGACUCUAGAAGUGUAAGAGCUGCUGCAUUUGAAGAAUGGGCUGCCAGAAAGCAAGCAACAGCUUCAGUCAGGCACGUGACAUUUCAGCCUCAUCAAGCCAGUAGAAACACAGUGAAGAGGUCUGACAAUACGGAUGCAACUUUCAAUGCUGACAAGGACAGGCAAGUGACUGUCGUGAAGGAGAAUACUUGGGCUGAUUCAUCGACAAUGAGGAAAGCAAUUUAUGCGCAAUGGUUGACUGAGAAGGAUGAACGAGAGAAACAAGAGAGAAAUGAGAAGUUGGGAAAACAAAAGAAAGAAAAAGAAGAGCUGGCAAGGACAAUGAAAGAAAAGGAAGUCGACUCACAACGAGCAUUUGAAACGUGGAAAGAGAAGAAAACUGAAAAACUGAAGGAGAGACUGAAGACUGAAAAGAUGGUAUUGAAACACAAGGAGAUCGAGAAAAAGGAAAAGGAGCAGACACAAGCACAUGAAUCAAACGUGUUGUUCAAAUCAUGGAAAGAAAAGAAAGACGAUUUCAUAACAAAACAACACUCAGAAAUAUUUCAGCAAAAAUGUGAAGAAAGAAAAAUGAAGGAAGCUGAAGUUCAAAAGAAGAAAGAAGAGAACAGGAAGACAUAUGACAAAUGGUGUGCUACUAAGGAAGAAAGAAUAAAGGAAGAGCACAGACGAGUGCAGAGAGAAAAACGUCAAGAGGAGGAGGACAAACGCAAGGCAAUCGAGGAACGAAAAGAGAAGAAUGCAACAGCGUACCAAACUUGGAAAGAUAAGAAGGAACAUGUUGAGCAUCAAUCGCGAUCUCGUCCACCGUCUCCUGAUAUUCGUAUUCCAUGGAGUCCUGCUGGUAUAGGAAAUGGUGGAGUUCUACGGUCACACACCUCAGUUUUGCAUCAACGAUCGCCGUUGCCCAAAUCGCAAAGUCCGGGUCGAGCGAGAAAGAAGAAGACGAUACAAGUGUGUUGUCAGACGUUAGAGUAUUGGUGUGUUUGUGAUGACAGCCAGUAGAUGCUAGGGAUAUGCUGAGCAUUAUUUAUAACAAAAUAUAAAUUAUUCAUUGCUGAGUUAGACAGUAGAAAGUGGGUGUGCC